AUGACUCCCCACCACCAUUCUCCAUUGGCAGAUCAGUCUUUUGCCUCCAUAGCCGAUAAAUUCGCUCAACUUGUUGCUAUAACUAUCGCCAACAACAACCGUCUCGAUUCCAUCAUUGCCAAGCUAACCAAGAUCACUGAAAUCCUCGCUACCAUGUUGAUCAAAAGCACAAUUAUGGAGGUUAUCACAUCACAACCGUUGCCACCAUCACCGCCAACACCGCUACCGACGUCCCCAUCACAACCGUUGAUGCUAACAAUGCCGACAUCUCCACCGUUAUCACUGCUGACACCCCUAGCUUUACCCAAUCCAGUUGAAGAUACAAUCGUCGUUGCCCCCUCACCAAAGGAACCGCUGCUACAACCGCCAUUGACAACUACUUAUGAACAUAUCCGACAUCUCAAGCUAUUUUUCCGUCUAUUCGACCAAUGA